AUGGGGCGAGCGACGCGCGAUGCGACCGUCGGCUCCGCGGGCUUGUCAGUGCAGGCCUCGCUGCCUGGGAGGAAGCUGCAGGCUGCAGGGCACGUGGAGAAGAAGCGCAAGCAGUUGAUGGAGGAGCGAGAAACCGAGCAGCUCUUCGGCUCCGGCGCGUCUCGCCAGGGCGACAUGCUGAAGCACCCCUUCCUUUCUCUGCAGAAAGCGCGGCUCUAUCGGUCUUCCCUCUUCCGCCUGCAGCUCGACAGGCUCGCGAAAGCCGCUCGCGGCGAGGCCCCUGCGCGCCUCCUCGCCGGCGGCGCGCAGCCGCAGAGAAGCAGGGAAGAGGCGGGAGAAAGUGACGAAGAGGAGGGCGCCAGCGGCCAGGCGGAGCGGCGGAAAGGGAAGAAAAGGAAACUUCAGAAGAAGGCCGUCGGAUCGGCGUGGCGCGUUGAUGAGUCUGAGGAGACGCAGGCGAUCGCAGCCUUCCUCAUGUACCUCCGCACGAUGCUGAACGCGGCGCCCGCGCGCGACGUCUCCUUCGACAGGAAGAGGAAGGAAAAAGGACGACGCGAGGCUCCUCUGCUGCCUCUGCUUGCUCCUGAGUCGCCUGCGCUCCAGCACGGCGGAGAAGUCGCGGGUUUCCGCUUCGAGGCGCCGACUGACGUGAAGGUCGUUGGAGGCUUCCCUCUUGGAUUGAUGAGCAGUUUCGAUAAAAACAUCGAGGUUGCUGUAGAGAUGCCUGCUCACAUGUUUCAGCCUAAAGACUACCUCAACUACAGAUACCUCACGAAGAGGAGUGCCUACGUGGAGCAGAUGUACCGCCACGUGUGCGCGAGUCUGGCAGGGCACUUUCCUUCGCUUUCCUCCGCAGGUGCUGCGCCGCGCGCCGACGCGGUAGCGGAAGCCGCUCGCGCCUUCCGGCAGCUGGCGCCGCUCGCGCUGCCGCGGGCGGCGCUGCAGCUCUGCGGCGGGGAGCCCGCGAAGCCGCUCCUUGUUGUCCGCUUCGCGUCGCCGCUCGGGGGCGGCGGCGGCCAGUCUGGGGGGUCGCCGACGAAGGCAGCCUUCGCAGACUUGCGCGCGUGGACGGUGAAGAUCCUCUUCGUCCCGCCGCCUGCGCUCUUCAAGGUCCACAUGCUCGCGCCGCAGCGGAACUGCGUGCGCGCGCCCACCACCUGUCUCGCGGCCGCAGCAGGCGAGAUUGAGGAAGGCGCGCCGACGCCCUACUACAACGGCCUCGUGCUGGAGGACCUGCGGCUGCAUGCGCGGCACGCGACGCUGCAUCGCUGCUGCGCGGACUUCGGAGAGGCUUUCCGCGACGCUGUGCAGCUUCUGAAGCUCUGGGCGAACCGCCGAGGCCGCGGCCUCUUGGCGCUGCCGCCUGCGCGCGACAGCCUCGCGAACGCCGUCGCGGCGACAGGGCUGGACGAGUCUACGCUGGCGCUGUUGUGUGCCCACGCCUGCGCGAGCAACCGCGACGUGGCGGCGGCUUCGCCGCAGCACCUUUUCGUUUUGACGCUUGCGUUCCUGGCGCAUGCGGACUUUUUGAACUGUUACUAUGUCUUCGGCAACUCGCGCGCCUUCCCGCGGGCGGGUGUGCGCGCGCAGAGCGACGGCGCGGCUCCUGCCGCUCGCGCGGCGUCGGCGCCCAAGGGCAAGGCGGAGGCGAUUGGGCGCCUGGCGCUCGCCCCGGGGCUGGUCGCGGACGCGCUGCUGUUUGACGGCGAGGAUUGCGUCCACAACUUGCUGUGGAGAGUGCAACUCCACGUCGCGGAGCUGCAGCAGCUCGCUCAGGGCAGCCUGCAGGCUGUGGAGACUCUCGAAGAUCCGUUUGACGCGCUCUUCGGCGUCGUCCGCACCGCCGCCGCCUCCCGCGGGCCGACGGCCGCCGAGGCAGCGGCCGGUGCCAUCGACUCCGGGCUGCUUCUUGAGAACGACGUCCAUCUCUUCAUCCCUCAUGCGCCGUCGGCGGCCGCGACGCGCGCAGCCCUGCGCCCCGAGGCCUCCAUUCCGCUCCACGACUACGCUCCCGCCGCGGUCCGCGCGACCGCCGCCUCCGAGAGCGGAGAGCUGCCGCAGGGAGCGAUGCCGGCCUCCUCCGCUUCUGAGCGCGACGCCCUCCGCGCACUCGACGAAGGCGCCAAGUGGGAGUCGCCGUCGUUGCAGCUGCUCGCGGCGUCGCUCGCCCGCGUGCUGCUUCGCGCGCUUGGCGACCGCGUGCAAGGCAUGCAGAUUCGAUUCACCCUGCCUACCUUCCGUGCUCUCGCUGCGCGGAAACUCGGCAAAACGGCAGACGAUGCUGAGAACGAGGCCGAAGAGGCCUUCGGCAACGUGCCGCUGGCGUGGCGCGAGGGCCUCCAAGAGGCCGCGUUGGAGGGUGGGCUCACUCCCGGCGUGUUCGUUUCGCUGCGGCUGAACGCCGCGACGGCCGCGCGGACGCUCGACAGAGGCCCGGCAGCUGCGGCUGCGGGCACUGUCAGCGAAGCCGUGGAGAGCUUCAAGGCUUUUUGGGGCGCCGAGAAAGUCGAACUUCGGCGUUUCCAAGACGCGCAGAUUCUCUACACGGUUUUGUGGCGCGGCGACCAGAGGGCACACGUUUCCACCAAGAGUGCAGGCGCCUCCGGCGCGUUCUUCUCGCGCACAGCGGCCCUUCAGCCGGCCGCAGGCGGCCGCGCGCCGCCGCAUAUCGAGAUCAUCAGCUACGCCCUCCGCCGGCACUUUGCUAGUCUGCUGCAUCUGCGCGGCGCGGGCGCAUGCGCAGAGGGGGGCGAAGGGGAGGGCAAAGAAGGCUCUGGAGGAGACGGUGGCGACUGCGCGGACACGCCGCGCCGCGUGCCCUGUUGGAUUCAGAGCUCGCCCUGCGACGCCGCGGGCGCAGUCUCCCCGAAGGAACGCGACGCCCACCGGCGCCUCGUGCAAGCCUUCUCCGAGCUGCGCAACACGAUCUGCUCUCUCAGCAGCGUGCCGCUGACCGUGAAGCAGGCGCGGGCGACAAGUCCUGCGCUGCGCUACCUCGACAUCCCGCUGGCGCUUGCUUCGCUGGAAGGCCCGGCAGAUCAAGACGGGGGGCAGGUGCACCCAGUCGUCAUCGAGUUCGAGAGCUCCUCGGGCUGGCCCGAGGACCCGCAAGCGAUUCAAAAAAUCAAAACGGCCUUCCUCCUCGCCAUGCGGUCGGAGCUCCUGGCGGAUUACAGCAUCACGAGUUCGGCUACGGAGGACUUUCUGGACGUCGAAGUCUCGUCUUUUCGGUUCCGCAUUUCCAUUUUCCACCCUGCGGAAGUGGCUGCAGCCGGCGCGGUGUACGGCGACCCGACGAGCGACCCGCUGUCUCGACACCUGAAGACGCUGCCUGAGCGUCUGGUGGCGGUGUCAGAGCGCACGGCCUCUUCUUUGAGAGCGGAAGAAGAAGCUGGCUCCGCAGGAGUCUCUGCGGCCUCCGCAGAUAUCUCUCCUGAGAGGCAAGGAGAUGCCAAGAAGGUCGCUGAGAUCCUCGCGCUCGUGGCGGCGGACGACGACGACGGCAGUGUGGGCGGGAAGCAGCCGCUGGACGCCCUUGGGCUGGCGCUUCUUUCGGGGAGAGAAAGCGAAGCCAAGAUGCUGAUGGCAGCCGAAAUCCAGAAACUGCGGCAUCUGCGCCAACUCUGGUGGGAGCCGCAGAUCGCCGGCGUCUUGCAGGCCUGCGCGAUGCGCUUCCCGCCCUUCGGAGGGUCUGUUCUGCUCAUUUGGCGCUGGCUCGGAGAUGUGCAGGUGCCUGGGUUGCUGCGCGUCGCGGAGCACAUCGCGGCGGCGCUUUUCGUCGACUACCUGCGCCAGGGCUUCGCGGCGCCGCCACAGUCGCCGCAAGUCGCGUUUUUGAGGUUUCUGCACCUAGUUGCGAAUUUCGAGUGGCGUUCGAGGCCGUUCCGCGUGUGCUUCGACGGCAGCGCUCCGCUGAACGCCGAGCAAGAGCGGCUGUCGGACGCGUCGUUUGAUCGGUUUCGUCUGUACCCGACGAUUCACAGCGUGUUCGACCCUCACGGCUUCCUCAUUCCGACGCCGGAGGCCGCGAUCUUUGACCGCUUCGUGCACAGUGCGAGGUCUGCGCUUUUCCGCGUCGCGGGGACCCAGACUCGGCCGGCGGCUACGGCGGAUGCCUGGCGCGAAAUUUUCACGCCCGACCUGCGUUCGUUUGACUUCAUCCUCUCGCUCGCCGACCCGCUGAAGGCGGGCGCGGCGGCGUCAGGCAAGAGCGCAGCCUCGCGGCGGCGGUACGCGAACGCGGGCGCCUUCCACGAAACGGAUUCAGCCAUGUCUUUGUGCGGCCUCGAGACUCACGCCUGCAGACGACGAUACGUGUUUCUGCGCCUGCUGGCGCAGCUCCGAGAGACCUACUCGGAUGCGCUCGUUCUCGCGUACAAUCCGCUCGCAGCCACGCUGGCGGCGGGCGGAAUGCCUGCCUUCCUGGCUGUGAAAAUCCGACCGGGGUCGCUGUGCUUGCGCCGCGCGCAGCCUGCAGCACUACUGCCGUCGUGCGGCCUCCAGACUCUCAAGGCGCAGCAGCCGCGCAGAGGGGGCCGCCUCGCGUCGCAAGAUGAGGCCGACGAGUCCAGCGAAGGCAGCAAGGCACGCCCAGGCAAAGAGACGCUAGACAGCGAUUCCUUCGGGUUGACUGUCAACCCCGUGCUGCUGAUGGGUUCCCUCAUGUCCACAGCGCACGGGUUCGUCGAGGCGGUGCAUCUGUCCUCGUGA